AGGGUACCGGAGCAGUCUCCAGAAAGACACACUAAACAGCUGAGAGUGUGGUGGUGUGGAGGAGUGCCUGAUGCACACGAGUCACAAUAUAAUGGUGUGGAGGUGGUAAUGGUGGAUGCCUGCACCCGUGACCAGUGCCUGACCGUGGCUCAUGACUCAAGCAGGAGGCAGCAGCAGCAGAAGCCAGCCCAGGCCAGUAUUUAACACGGCUCUCACCACACCACACCACAAACACAACAUUGGAAACCUAAUAGUGUUGGGGGACAGGCAGCCACUGUAUAUACAUGUAAGGCUUGUAUCAAGGUGCUCCCAAGGUCAAACUUCAGACCCUUCCCAGGAUGAAACCCCACAACAUGCUGACUAUCUUUUGAGCACCUAUUUACUGCUAGAUGAACAAGGGAAAUGGGAAAUGCACUCGACCAUUUCCGUCCUGCCCUGGAUUCUAACCCAGCAUUUCCAGUCGAGUCGUGAAUGAACCCAACUGUACUACAAAGACUUUGACUAUUGUGUGAAGACGAGGCUAAUCUACUGCCUGCACGAUUCUAAGUCAAGGCUUCUCUCGUUCUCGUCACAAGUGGGUGGCGCUUGGACGUCUGACCUCACCAAAUGGCUGCCUCUGCAUCUCUACACACCUCGUCCAUCUCCUCUGUUGUUACUUCCUCAGAGGACACAAUGGGCGAGGUGGGUACUACUCCGCCCCCCGCAGUUGUAAAAGAAGGGUGGCUAAACAAGCGUGGGGAACACAUCAAGAACUGGCGACAACGUUAUUUCUUUCUCCUUGAAGAUGGAACUCUUCUGGGGUUCAAAACCAAGCCUGACCAUGGCCUUGAUGAUCCACUAAACAACUUCACAGUUAAACGAUGUCAGAUCUUAAAGACGGAAAGACCGCGACCUAACACUUUUAUUAUCCGUGGUCUUCAUUGGACAACUGUCAUAGAACGUACUUUUAAUGCCCAGUCAGCUAGUGACAGGGAAGCAUGGAUGGAAGCCAUUAAGCAGGUGUCCGAGAGGAUAUCUGAAUCAUCAUCUGGGCACUGUGUGCAGAUUCAGGAGGCGGAGUCGGUAGAACAAAUUCAGUUGAAAUAUUCUAAUGAAGAUGACGAUGAUGGCACUGGAUCUCGAACCUCGAAGAAAAAAAGAAAAAUUACUCUAGAUAACUUCGAGUUCCUGAAAGUUCUUGGAAAAGGGACAUUUGGAAAAGUAAUUCUUUGUAGGGAAAAGAGCAGCAAUCACUUCUAUGCUAUCAAGAUCCUACGUAAGGAUGUGAUUAUCAAGCGUGAUGAAGUGGCCCACACACUGACUGAAAACCGCGUGUUACAAGUCGUGGAUCAUCCUUUUCUCACUUACCUCAAGUACUCAUUCCAAACAAAUGAUCGUCUCUGCUUUGUGAUGGAAUAUGUCAAUGGUGGAGAACUUUUUUUUCACCUUAAUCAAGAACGCAUAUUUCCUGAAGAGCGUGCCAAGUUUUAUGGAGCAGAAAUCUGUCUUGCUCUCGGAUAUUUACACGAAAGAAAUAUAAUUUACCGGGAUUUAAAGUUGGAAAACUUAUUACUUGAUGCUGAUGGCCACAUUAAAAUAGCAGAUUUCGGCUUGUGCAAAGAAGACAUUUCAUAUGGGUCGACCACUCGCACUUUCUGUGGCACACCUGAAUAUUUAGCACCGGAGGUGCUCGAGGAAAAUGAUUAUGGCCGGGGUGUAGACUGGUGGGGCUACGGUGUAUGUUUGUACGAAAUGAUGGUAGGACGCUUACCUUUCUACGACAAAGAUCAUGAUAAGCUUUUCCAACUUAUAGUCUGUGAAGAUGUACGGUUCCCAAGGACGAUUUCUCAAGAAGCCCGUGACCUGCUUAAAGGUUUGUUACAUAAGGAUCCAAAUAAACGUUUGGGAGGUGGUCCAGGUGAUGUAAGAGAGGUUCAGAGUCAUCCCUUCUAUGUAACAAUCAACUGGAAACUUCUUGAAGAAAAAAAGUUAACUCCACCAUUCAAGCCACAAGUAACCAGCGAGACUGAUACCCGGUACUUCGAUCGAGAAUUCACCGGAGAGUCUGUGCAGCUUACUCCACCUGAUCAAGGGGAGCACCUUAAUGUUAUUGAUGAAGAAUCAGAAUACUUGACUUUCAACCACUUCUCUUAUCAGGACAUUUCAUCAACUCUUGGCAGCUCACUAGCAUCAAGUCUCAAUUCCUUAGGUGUAGCGGAGGAAGGCUGAGGAGAAACAGUUUAUCUGUAAAUGUACUUUGUUGAAGCUUGCUAUCAGGGUACAGUUUGAUCCUGUCAUUACAGUAUUGUAUUUGUUUUGUUAUUUUUUGUAGAGUAUUAUCAAUUAUUGUAUUAUGAAAUUAUAUAUAUAUAUACAUAUAUAUAUUUUUUUUUUUUUUGUUUAACGUAUCAGAGAAGUAGAUAAAUUUAACCUUCAUUGCCCUUAGAAACAUUGAUGUGAAAAUGUGUUUUAAUAUCCAUUUUAUUAUAAUUUUUGCUUAUAAGUUUCUUCUAGCUAUCAUCUUAACUCUUCAGUCAUAAAAAAAAAAAUUGUUUUCCAUUAGUCCUUUGCGCUUUCCGUUUCCUAUUUAGGCUUUUAUUUUUGUCAUACAGCCCCAUCUCUACACGUGUGUACGCUGGCUAACACAACCCGCAUUUGUUCUUUCACGUACUUUCAUUCGCAGCAAUUGACAAGUGCAUCACUAGGUUGUUGACCAAGUAAGUGUGCAUAAUUCUUUAGAACAUGUUCGGUGUUAUUGCCCAGUAUUCACUCCCAGAAGACAAUACUUGAAACAUUUUAAGCCAGCUGCAUUGGCCCACACUGCUCUUGACUUAAGGUGAACAUUCACUACACUACUCCUGACACAGGUGAACAUUCACUACACUGCUCCUGACACAAGGUGAACAUUCACUACACUGCUCCUGACACAAGGUGAGCGCUGGCUACACUACUCCUGACACAAGGUGAACAUUCACUACACUACUCCUGACACAGGUGAACAUUCACUACACUGCUCCUGACACGAGGUGAACAUUCACUACACUGCUCCUGACACAAGGUGAGCGCUGGCUACACUACUCCUGACACAAGGUGAACAUUCACUACACUACUCCUGACACAGGUGAACAUUCACUACACUGCUCCGGACACAAGGUGAACAUUCACUACACUGCUCCUGACACAAGGUGAGCGCUGGCUACACUACUCCUGACACAAGGUGAACAUUCACUACACUACUCCUGACACAGGUGAACAUUCACUACACUGCUCCUGACACAAGGUGAACAUUCACUACAUUCCUCCUGACACAAGGUGAGCGCUGGCUACACUACUCCUGACACAAGGUGAACAUUCACUACACUACUCCUGACACAAGGUGAACAUUCACUACACUGCUCCUGACACAAGGUGAACAUUCACUACACUGCUCCUGACACAAGGUGAACAUUCACUACACUGCUCCUGACACAAGGUGAACAUUCACUACACUACUCCUGACACAAGGUGAACAUUCACUACACUGCUCCUGACACAAGGUGAACAUUCACUACACUGCUCCUGACACAAGGUGAGUGCUUGGCUACACUACUCCUGACAUAAGGUGAGCACUUGGCUACACUGCUCCUGACACAAGGUGAGCACUUGGCUACACUACUCCUGACACAAGGUGAGCACUUGGCUACACUGCUCCUGACACAAGGUGAGCACUUGGCUACACUGCUCCUGACACAAGGUGAGCACUUGGCUACACUGCUCCUGACACAAGGUGAGCGCUGGCUACACUACUCCUGACACAAGGUGAGCGCUGGCUACACUGCUCCUGACACAGAAGGUCAACAGAUACACACCCAAAAAAGUGUGUGUACAAAUUAUUGAUUAUUAUUUCCCAGUAUGUUAUUCCGUAUAGGAAGUUUUUAGUUUAGGAAUGAUUGCACAUGCUGCAUUGUCUGUUAUUUAUUAUAAUUUGUAUUCAACAAAUACACCUGUACCUUACUCAUGUAUUUUAAAGUAAAUGUAACAUAAGGAA